UUUGGAGGGUUUGAAGUUUCUGUGCUUCAGUGACUGUUACAGAAGAAGAGGUGUUAGUGUUGCCAUGAGGUCUUGAUUGUCUGCAUUUAUGAAUGAAACUGACCUAAAUCACCUGUUACCUCCAGUUUCCAGAUUGUUUGAACUUCUCUGGCCGCACAAUACAGGAAGGAAGACUAAAGAAGCAAAGGGACCUACAGCGUCUGCAGCAUGGGCUGGUUAACUAGGAUUGUCUGUCUUUUCUGGGGAGUAUUACUUACAGCAAGAGCAAACUAUCAAAAUGGGAAGAAUAAUGUGCCAAGGCUGAAAUUAUCCUACAAAGAAAUGUUGGAAUCCAACAAUGUGAUCACUUUCAAUGGCUUGGCCAACAGCUCCAGUUAUCAUACCUUCCUUUUGGAUGAGGAACGGAGUAGGCUGUAUGUUGGAGCAAAGGAUCACAUAUUUUCAUUCAACCUGGUUAAUAUCAAGGAUUUUCAAAAGAUUGUGUGGCCAGUAUCUUACACCAGAAGAGAUGAAUGCAAGUGGGCUGGAAAGGACAUCCUGAAAGAAUGUGCUAAUUUCAUCAAGGUACUUAAGGCAUAUAAUCAGACUCACUUGUACGCCUGUGGAACGGGGGCUUUUCAUCCAAUUUGCACCUACAUUGAAAUUGGACAUCAUCCUGAGGACAAUAUUUUUAAGCUGGAGAACUCACAUUUUGAAAACGGCCGUGGGAAGAGUCCGUAUGACCCUAAGCUGCUGACAGCAUCUCUUUUAAUAGAUGGAGAAUUAUACUCUGGAACUGCAGCUGAUUUUAUGGGGCGAGACUUUGCUAUCUUCCGAACUCUUGGGCACCACCACCCAAUCAGGACAGAGCAGCAUGAUUCCAGGUGGCUUAAUGUGCCUAAUACUGGUGUUCCCUUCUUUCAGAAUGACUUUGGAGGGCACAGAAGUCUGGUGAAUAAAUGGACAACAUUCCUCAAAGCUCGUUUGAUUUGCUCAGUGCCAGGUCCAAAUGGCAUUGACACUCAUUUUGAUGAACUGCAGGAUGUAUUCCUAAUGAACUUUAAAGAUCCUAAAAACCCAAUUGUAUAUGGAGUGUUUACGACUUCCAGUAACAUUUUCAAGGGAUCAGCCGUGUGUAUGUAUAGCAUGAGUGAUGUGAGAAGGGUGUUCCUCGGUCCAUAUGCCCACAGGGAUGGACCCAACUAUCAGUGGGUGCCUUAUCAAGGAAGAGUCCCCUAUCCACGGCCGGGAACUUGUCCCAGCAAAACAUUUGGUGGUUUUGAUUCUACAAAGGACCUUCCUGAUGAUGUCAUAACCUUUGCAAGAAGUCAUCCAGCCAUGUACAAUCCAGUGUUUCCUAUAAACAAUCGCCCGAUAAUGAUCAAAACGGAUGUAAAUUAUCAAUUUACACAAAUUGUAGUAGACCGAGUGGAUGCAGAAGAUGGACAGUAUGACGUUAUGUUUAUCGGAACAGAUGUUGGGACCGUCCUUAAAGUAGUUUCAAUUCCUAAGGAGACGUGGCAUGAUUUAGAAGAGGUUCUGCUGGAAGAAAUGACAGUUUUUCGGGAACCGACUACUAUUUCAGCAAUGGAGCUUUCCACCAAGCAGCAACAACUAUAUAUUGGUUCAACAGCUGGGGUUGCCCAGCUCCCUUUACACCGGUGUGAUAUUUACGGGAAAGCCUGUGCUGAGUGUUGCCUCGCCCGAGACCCUUACUGUGCUUGGGAUGGUUCUUCAUGCUCUCGCUAUUUUCCCACUGCAAAGAGACGCACAAGACGACAAGAUAUAAGAAAUGGAGACCCACUGACUCACUGUUCCGACUUACAACAUCACGAUAAUCACCAUGGUCACAGCCCUGAAGAGCGAAUCAUCUAUGGUGUAGAGAAUAGUAGCACAUUUUUGGAAUGCAGUCCGAAGUCACAGCAAGCACUGGUAUACUGGCAAUUCCAGAGGCGAAAUGAAGAGCGAAAGGAAGAGAUCAGAGUGGAUGAUCAUAUCAUCAGGACAGAUCAAGGCCUUCUGCUGCGUAGUCUACAACGGAAGGAUUCAGGCAAUUACCUCUGCCAUGCGGUGGAACAUGGGUUCAUACAAACUCUUCUUAAGGUGACCCUGGAAGUCAUUGACACAGAGCAUCUGGAAGAACUUCUUCACAAAGAUGAUGAUGGAGAUGGCUCUAAGACCAAAGAAAUGUCCAAUAGCAUGACACCUAGCCAGAAGGUCUGGUACAGAGACUUCAUGCAGCUCAUCAACCACCCCAAUCUCAACACGAUGGAUGAGUUCUGUGAACAAGUUUGGAAAAGGGACCGAAAACAACGUCGGCAAAGGCCAGGACAUACUCAAGGCAACAGUAACAAAUGGAAGCACUUACAGGAAAACAAGAAAGGUAGAAACAGGAGGACCCACGAAUUUGAGAGGGCACCCAGGAGUGUCUGAGCUGCAUUACCUCUAGAAACCUCAAACAAGUGAAACUUGCCUAGACAAUAACUGGAAAAAAAAAAAUGCAAUAUACAUGAACUUUUUUCAUGGCAUUAUGUGGAUGUUUACAAUGGUGGGAAAUUCAACUGAGUUCCACCAAUUAUAAAUUAAAUCCAUGAGUAACUUUCCUAAUAGGCUUUUUUUCCUAAUACCAACACCUAACAGAGAACACACGUGAAUGCAGUUGUUCACUUUAGCAGACUUAAUGUUUCCUAUGAGAUUUCACUGUACAGGUUUGUCUUUCUUCUUUGCCUGAGAAAUAAAAAUGUCAUUUGCCAUAUUGCCAUCUAAAGGAGAAAAACUGCAUCAGCAAAGCCAUUGUAUUGAACUAAAAGUUUAAAAUGAACUGCAUGGAUUUACUAAGCUGAUGAAUAUUCCAAAACGUGGUUGGAUUCAAGGAUAUAUUUUGUCUACCGGCCCUCAUGUUUGUAUGUACUUGAGGAGUAAAAUGAGUAAAAUGAUACUGAAUGAAACGUUCGUGGAAAUAUUAAAAAGAAAAGAAAACAUAAGCCAUCCAUCAUCCAGAAGAAAAAUGGAGUACACUGAUCUACUACUGAUGUCUUCUUUCAGCUUUGAUCUAAAGAUGUAUUUUAUUAAAACUAUAAUUUAAAUGUACCAUGACAAAUAUGCAGUAAAAAUUAGUUGUUUUCUAAGCUAGAGUAGGAUUUGUCUUACAAUUAUUGUGCUAUAUAGUUUUUGUUUUAAAAAUUCCAAUGGUGUGCUGCUUUCUUUGGACAUUUUAUUUUCAAUUCUGUAACAGGGAUAGAUGAUAUUGUUCUAGAAACAUAUAUACAUCAUUAAGAGUGAACCUCUAAAACCAGGAUAGAAAUUAUGCUUUAUUUCUCUGAGAAAAUCAAACAAAUGGAAGCUGUUCACACCUCCCCUUCUUUAAGCAUUAUCUAAAUUAAUUUUUACUUUCAUAAUGUUCUUAGAAAAAAAAAAACAGAACAUUUAACCAGGAAAAAAGGAAGAAAUAAAUUGAUUUUUAAGUGCAUUUUACUAUAAUGAAUCAAUGAAGGGAAAAGGAACUGCAUAUUUCAUGAAAAUAAUAAGCAUUGUCUUAAUAUACUGUUAAUAGAAAAUGUGUCUUAAUUCUGUGCUUGAAUUCCUGCAUGAUAUUUGAGACAAAGAUCUCUCUUAUGAUUCCACUAAGAAUUUUAUCUGUGUCACUUAAUUUUUUUGAAAGAGAGAGAUCGAUAACUAUUCAGAGCAACAUGUUAAAGGCAAAGUUUCCAACCAUUUACAUCUGUAUCAGGUGCCUCUUAUCUUUCCUUAUUUAAGACAAUUAUUUGUACAAGAAACACAUGACUCUUUUCAUGUCAAUGGGAGGGACUUUUCUACAAAGUAUUUUCCAGGAUGCAACCCACAUUUAAACAAUGUGAAACUCUUUGUUUCCUGCAACAACUUACAAAAUAAGGUAAAAGACUAAAAUUCAAGAUUUGCUUCCUUCAUUGUACUAAGACGAUUCAUUGAGAAUCACUGACUUUGAGAUAUUUAAAACUUUCAGCAUUAUACUGUGGUUUCUUUUGCACUGCACUCACCUAUUCAGGACUCCUCCCCCAAGUUCCUCAUCAUGCACAAAAAUGCAAAGAAAACAUCUUAUUAGUAAUUAAUGAAGCAACAUUGAAAUUCUAAUUCUAGCUGUCUUUGGAUUCUAAUUAACUCAGCAUCAAUUUCUCACCUCAGACUACAGUGAAUUUUUAUUUUCUAUCAGCUGAAAUAUUUCACAGAUGGAAGCUCAUGUUUCAGUUUUAAUGAUUGCCUUGAAUAAACAAGUUGUUGCCACUUGUUUCAAACAGAAGCCUAAAAAUAAUCUACAUUCAAUUUUAGGCUCCAUUGACUAAUAUUGUGUUGCUUUUGGAAGUACUGUAUAUCCUCAAAUGGAAGCCGAAUCAUUAAAUUAUUUGAAGGACCCACCACUGUACAGAAAAUAGUGUUUGAAAUAUAAAUCGAAGAACAAAGAGUGCUCCAAAAAAUAGGUCAUUCUUUUAUUUUCAUAAAGUACCUUAACUGUACUAACAUUCAGUGUUGUGUUUCAUUCUAAAUUUUGCAGCUGAAAUAAAUUUAUUUGCAAUAGCAGAAAUAUCUUAUUAUUCAUCCUCAAAAAUAAAGGAUUUGAAGGGAUAGAGAUUAUAUGAUAACUUUAUAGAAGCCUUUCAAAAUCUGAAUGCAUUUUGUUUAGCAUUAUGAAAUGACAAUAGAAAAAAGUCUCGACUUCAAUUAAAAGUUACACAAAUAAACAUCUACAGGCAUGUCUUUACAUACCAUCAGGUCUAAGUUUUCCAAGAAAAUUGUAGAUAUAACUUGCAGAUAAGUAACUCAUUACAGUCAUAAUCUCUGCCCAUGUGUAUUGAGAGGGGGCAGUUUGCACGAAAAAGAAUUAUUGGCCCAUUGAAUAAUUCAGCUUUAAUAGACUUUGUCAUAUGCAUGAAUCAUCAGAGAUGAAACUGUUUGAGAGACUCAUGUGACCUUACGAAAAUUACAACAGCAGUCUUAAAGUAUGAAAAAGAUGCAUCACAGCAGAGACAUUAUGGCCCAGUUGAUAUCAAAUGUAAAAUGUAAAUGCAUGUAAAUGCACACUUCAUUUUAUGUAUUAUUUAGUAAUUUUCAAUGGUAUGUGUUUAAUAGUUUUGCUACCUACACAUCAGGCAAAAAAGAUGUAAAUAAUUUGGGAGAAAAAGAGAAAGAACAGUGUAAAAUAAAACUUUCUAUAGGUACUCCAUUUCAGUGUGUUCAACAUCCUAAAAUGCAAGAUUUUCCCACGCAGGUGACAAGGUGGUUUAUGUACUAUAUAAGGGCAGAAGGUGCGUGCCCAUUCAAUAAGCAUGUUUUUUGCCAGGUAGGAAAUAUGUUCCAUAUCUGUAUUUAUCAUUGCAUUUCAGAUGGGAACUAGAAAAACUGGAGAGAAAAAUGUAAUGAAACUGCUGCUGUAAAUUAUUCCUUUUAGCAUGUAUUCACUUGCUAAAUACACAUUUCUUCAAAAUA